CACCAACCUCCACUCAGUCUUCUCUUCUCCUUUUCCCGUCCAUUACCAUCGCAAUGGCCGACGUAAAAAAAGCCAAGACUCCUAAGGAGUUCGCAACCGACUUCCUCAUGGGCGGUGUCUCUGCGGCCGUCGCAAAGACGUCUGCUGCGCCCAUUGAGCGUAUCAAGCUUCUCAUUCAAAAUCAGGAUGAGAUGAUCAAGCAAGGCCGUCUUGCGACCCCUUACAAGGGUAUUGGUGAAUGUUUCGUUCGCACUUACCGUGACGAGGGUCUCUUGUCUCUCUGGCGUGGUAACACGGCCAAUGUCAUUCGUUACUUCCCGACUCAGGCAUUGAACUUCGCCUUCAAGGACUACUUCAAGUCGCUAUUCGGCUUCAAGAAGGACGAGGGUUACUGGAAGUGGUUCGCUGGCAACGUCGCCUCCGGUGGUGCUGCUGGUGCAACGUCCCUUCUCUUUGUCUACUCGCUUGACUAUGCUCGUACGCGUCUCGCAAACGAUGCGAAGUCAGCGAAGGGUGGAGGUGCCCGCCAGUUUAACGGUCUCGUCGAUGUAUAUAAGAAGACCCUCGCGUCGGACGGUAUUGCCGGUCUCUACCGUGGUUUCGUCCCGUCGGUCGUUGGUAUCAUCGUCUACCGUGGUCUCUACUUCGGUGUCUACGACUCGCUCAAGCCGGUUGUUCUUGUUGGCCCUCUUCAAGGAUCUUUCCUUGCAUCCUUCGGUCUUGGUUGGGGUGUCACGAUUGGUGCCGGUCUCGCUUCCUACCCGUUGGACACUAUCCGUCGUCGUAUGAUGAUGACAUCUGGUGGCGGUGUGCACUACAAGUCGAUGUUCGACUGUGGCAGGCAAAUCAUCCAGAAGGAGGGUUCGAAAUCACUCUUCAAGGGUGCUGGUGCCAACAUUUUGCGUGGUAUUGCCGGCGCUGGUGUACUGUCACUAUACGACAAGAUCCAGGAAGUUAUGUUCGGCAAGGUCUACUCUGGAGGCUCUGGUUAAUUUGGCUAUACCUGUCGGGUGCAUGCGUCUCAGUGCUUUGCUUAGAUUCCUUACAAUUACUACCCGUAUUGUCGUUUAUUCAUUGUUCUUAUUGCCUGUCCACUACAGUGGGGACUUCUUGCAUGUUCAUUUCGAACAACGAAAAGACAUAGACUUAAUAUUG